AUGACGAACAAACACGUGUUCAAAAAGCUGACAUGGCCUGGCCUAAAUCAAAGCAGGCCCAAACGGCCCAAACCGUAAAAUCUGCACAAACGAAGGAUUCCAGAUUCUCUGACUCACCUCCGAAGAGAACGAAGAACACCCCCCUCCCCCUUUCCUCUCGGUUUCUCUCCGAGUCGCCGCAUUUUUCCCACCCGAGUCAUCCCUCAGUCAGAGCAAUGGUCGGAUUGCGCCUUCUGCUUGCUGCCGUAAUCGCAGGGUUCUUAUUAUCUACAUCCGAAUCUCUGCGGUUCGAGCUGCAAUCCGGUCACACGAAAUGCAUCGUCGAAGACAUCAAAACCAACGCCAUGACCGUCGGAAAAUACAGCGUCGUCAACCCCAACGAGGGUCAGCCCAUGCCCGAUUCCCACAAAUUGACCGUCCGGGUGACGUCUCACCACGGGAACAACUAUCACUACUCGCAGCUGGUGGAAUCGGGGCAGUAUGCGUUUGUGGCGGCGGAGGAGGGAGAUUACAUGGCUUGCUUCUGGGCGCCGGAUCACAAGCCCCAGACGACGUUGACCAUUGAAUUCGAUUGGAAAACCGGCGUCGCCGCCAAAGACUGGUCCAAUGUCGCUAAGAAAGGCACCGUCGACGGAAUGGAAUUAGAGCUUAGGAAGUUGCUCGAUACGGUUACGUCCAUUCACGAGGAGAUGUCCUAUCUCCGUGGAAGGGAAGAAGAGAUGCAGGACCUCAACAGAACAACGAACUCGAGGAUGGCCACGUUGAGUCUUCUUUCGCUUUUUGUAUGCUUAGCAGUCGCAGGUAUGCAGUUGUGGCACCUCAAGACCUUCUUCGAGAAGAAGAAGCUUAUCUAAUUUAUUUCGGGAGGGUUCUGUAGUUCCAUCUUUCAAUGCUUGUUUUGUAACGUAGUUAACAGAACAAUGUAUGUUGGGAUACGACCGAUUAUCGGAUCACAUUGUUAGAUGAAGUAGGGCAACCAAAUGUUCACUACAACAUGUUAUGUUUCGUUUGUCCUUCGUUGUAAAGACUAAUUACAUAAAAUUUUAAAAGAAAACUAAUGGAAAGAACUUGAAAAUUUU